UUUCAGUUUCUUGGAACACAGCCUGCAACAGGAAAGCAUCAUUUCUGCCUCAAGACUCACGUAAGGAGGUGUAGAUAUAGAUGCUCUCUGUGUGGAGAUGGAGCCUGCAAGCACCCCAGAGUCCACGACUCUUUUUGAGUAUGAUGAGCAGAGCUUUCUGUGUGAGACGGAGAACUUCGCCUUUGCCGCCUUCAGCACCACCGUCCUGUACUUGCUGGUGUUCUUCCUCAGCCUGGUGGGCAACAGCCUGGUGUUGUGGGUCCUGGUGAAGUACGAGAGUCUGGAAUCGCUCACCAACGUCUUCAUCCUCAACCUGUGCCUCUCAGACCUGGCAUUUUCCAGCUUGUUGCCGGUGUGGGUCAUGGGGUACCACUGGGGCUGGGUGCUGGGGGACUUCCUCUGCAAGCUCUUCAACAUGAUCUUCUCCAUCAGCCUCUACAGCAGCAUCUUCUUCUUGACCAUCAUGACGGUCCACCGUUACAUGUCGGUGGUGAGUCCCCUCUCGUCCCUGCGCGUCCACACCCUCCGGUGCCGCGUGCUGGUGACCACGGCUGUGUGGACAACCAGCAUCCUGUCUUCCGUCACCGAUACCGCCUUCCACAAGGUCUCUCCUGACGGCUGUAACUAUUCGGAACUCAGGUGGUUCCUAGCCUCCGUCUACCAGCACAACGUCAUCUUCCUGCUCUCCAUCGGGGUCAUCCUGUUCUGCUAUGUGGAGAUUCUCAAGACCCUGUUCCGCUCAAGGUCCAAACGGCACCACCGGACAGUCCGGCUCAUCUUCACCAUCGUGGCAGCCUACUUCCUCAGCUGGGCUCCCUACAACCUGAUCCUGUUUCUACAGACACUGCUGAAACUCAGGGUCAUCCAGAGCUGCGAGUUCAGCCAGCAGCUGGAUUACGCCUUGCUCAUCUGCCGCGAUGUCGCCUUCUCCCACUGCUGCUUCAACCCGGUGCUCUACGUGUUUGUUGGGAUCAAGUUCCGCAGGCAUCUCAAAAGUCUGUUCCGGCACUUCUGGCUCUGCCGGCAGCAGGCAUCCAGUGUUCCUCCUCACCCCCUGGGCACCUACAACAACGAGGGCGCCUCCUUCUAUUGAAAGGGAAUUUGGGGGGCACCUGGGUGGCUCAGUCAGUUGAGCAUCAGGCUUCGGCUCAGGUCAUGA